AUUUCCAGCAAGACCAAGAUGUUCCGCACCGCAAUCCCAGUGCUCCUGAUCCUGCUCCCAGUGGUCCUGCAUUCCGCGGAGUCAGUGAACAUGGUUCGAGCCUGUGGACCGCAUCUCACCCAAUUAAUAGAAGCGCUUUGCCCCAAUGGAGUCAUCGGAAUGUUCGAAAAGCGGGAUCCGUCCCUGGGUCUACUCGAUUAUGGGGACAAGCUGAUGGCGAUGGAUAAUAACGAUGUGGACGACGAACCCCAAAAUUCCCGAAUUAACUCAAUAGUUGGAAUGCGUCGCGCUUACCGGGGAAUUGUCGACGAAUGUUGCUAUAAUGCCUGCACCUAUACGGAAAUAUUGAAGUUGUGCAAGAAAUAAAUACUACCCGCUGUUAUGAUACCUGUGCCAUCAAAGUACACCCGAGAGAUACCUAACGAUUUGUUUAAAAUAAUUAUAAAUGCAAGCCUUGGAAAAGCACAAAUAAAAUAUUUAUAUGCGCAAGUUUAA